GGCGGUCCGGGGCUGCCUCAGUUUUCUGUAAUCGCUUUUCUGCUGCUGCUACCUCCAGUUAAAUAGCUAGGACACGGGAGCGAGCAGACGGCCGUGUGAGGAUAUACUUUUUUCGGUACCUUGGGAUUACGACGCGAAAUUGCAGCAUCGACGGCAAGCCGCCAGGUAAUAUCGACACGCGCAUUUAGCCGCCCCUCGUAGAUACGCCAAAAGGCCCACGAUGUCCAGUGAAGUGCAGAGACCGGACGACAGCCCCAGCACCAGCGGGGGAAGCUCAGAUAUUGAACAAAGGGAAACGGUACCGCCUGAGCAGGAGCGAGAGCAAGCACAGCCCAAAAAGAAGGAGACCAAGAUCUCGAGUAAAACCGCUGCUAAACUUUCAACUAGUGCCAAGAGGAUUCAGAAAGAGCUUGCAGAAAUAACACUAGAUCCACCUCCAAACUGCAGCGCUGGCCCCAAAGGAGACAACAUCUACGAGUGGAGGUCGACCAUCCUGGGCCCCCCGGGCUCCGUGUAUGAGGGAGGCGUCUUCUUCCUGGACAUCGCCUUCACGCCAGACUACCCAUUCAAACCCCCCAAGGUAACAUUUCGUACGAGGAUCUAUCACUGCAACAUCAACAGUCAGGGGGUGAUCUGUCUGGAUAUCCUGAAGGACAACUGGAGCCCUGCCCUCACCAUCUCCAAGGUGCUGCUGUCCAUCUGCUCCCUGCUCACAGACUGUAACCCAGCCGACCCUCUGGUGGGAAGCAUCGCCACACAGUACCUGACCAACAGAAUAGAGCAUGACAGAAUAGCCAAGCAAUGGACGAAGAGAUACGCCACAUAGACUCCCAGCCGCUCCCUCCUUUACCUCCCUCACCCCUCACUGUACCUCUCUACCUCUCUUUCUCUCACCCUUAGUCUGUCAAAGCACACUCACUAAGUGCAACGGUAUACCUGCCCUCCUAUCACCCUCCUCUUCUUCCUCCAUCCCAACAUUUUAUCUACCUUUUCUGUGUUAAAAAAAAAAAAUCAAACAAGACAAAAAAAUGUCCUUUGUUCCUUGUUGACUUGAAAGCUUCUUUUUUAUACAAAGAGUAGAUUGGGAUUUUUAUUUUCCAAUAUCUGAAUGUUGGAAGUAUUGUAUUGGAGAAAAAAAAACACAGAAUAUUAUAAAUAUCAUACGCAUCAUCCUCCAGCUAUACAGUAUGUAUUCUCAUUUUCUUAGUGGCACCUGGAACAAACAUGCAGAAUAUGCUUUGACUUUGUUUUCCUUGUUUUUUUUUUGUAUUUGUCAUCAAUAUGUUAUCUGCAUGGAACAGGAAGGUUUACGUCAAUAGAUCCUUCAUGCUUUUUAACUUCCUCUGAUUUUGUUUGUACUGUAUGUAUUUUUUCAAAGGCUUUUGAGGCAGACCACAAAAGUAUAGGUCUGCCUGUGAAAGAGGCAGGACUUGUAUAUUUACUGGCUACCCGCCACCUCUGCAAUUGCAGAGUGGUUUGUUGUGCACUUGUAUUACUGAAGCACCCAAUAAAACACACUGUGGUUGGCUUGUGAGAAAACGCUCGGCUCUGUCUGGGAUUUGUGUUUUACGGCUGCCUCAAAUAUUUACACCUCUUCACUGAUCUUUCAUUCACUCAGCCGCAGCUCGGGACAGCUUUUAUGUCCCACACACCUGACUGUAACAUUUUAAGGUCUGAAACAUCAGCUUAAACACAAUAAAGUUCUUAUCAGAUAUCG